CCACACGUAGACCAGUAAUAAAAAAUAUUUCGCGGGCAUCACUACCACAGAGUAAAAAAGAAAUUAAAAAAAAAUUGUGACAAUACUAGUGUGAAGUGUUCCAACAAUGGGUUGUAAGUUAUCACAACUGGCUGCGUCGGAGUUCACAAACGACCCCCUGGCACGACCGCCGCCGACCGCCGACCCCAGGUCGCCCCUGUCUGCUAAGCAGCAGUACUGUAUGCUGGCCUCAUGGAAAGGAAUCUUUAGACAGAUUGAGAAAACCGGCAUCAUUUUAUUCGUCAAACUGUUCCAAGAGAACGAAGAGCUCCUGCAUUUGUUCGAGGAUUUCCGUCACCUGCAGACGGUAGAAGCGCAGGUGAGCUCGACGGAGCUGGCCGAGCACGCCACCAAGGUCAUGCACACGCUUGACGAGGGCAUCAAAGGCCUGGGAGAUAUGGACUCGUUCUUCGCCUACGUCCAACAUGUUGGCAGUACGCAUACGCAAGUCCCUGGCUUUGUGGCUGAUAAUUUUAUGAAAAUCGAAAAGCCAUUCUUAGAUGCAGCCAAGACAACACUAGGUGACAGAUACACACCAAACAUUGAGAACAUUUAUAAAAUUACUAUAAGAUUCAUCUUAGAAAACCUCGUGAAAGGUUUCGAAGAAGCCAAGAAAGAGAAAGAAAACGGAACAAGCCAUACUUGAAAUGUUAAUUUAAUUUAUCAUUUCAUUUGAAAAUGGAAACUUAAAUGCAA